UAUGCACAUGUACUUUAUUUUAUCUUAUUUUGUUUUGUUUUUUGUUCUUUGUUAGUAAGAUUCCUACGGGUUAAUCACGUGAUGAAAUAAAGCGCAGUCAUAAGGCACGUCACAAUCACAUAUUGUGACGUCAUUAAAAUCGAGUUCGACUGUCGUGAAGGCCGUGUUUUGACUGAAGAAAAGAGAUGGAAAAUCAAAAACCGUAUUUCUGUUCAUUGACGGAAGGGGAAAGAAGAGAGAUUCAAGAAAUCGGAGCAUUGGGGCGAAUGAUGAAAACUCUGAAAAUGAUCGAAGAGAUGGAAGCUGUCGGCGGGAAGUUCUUUGACUCUGUCGAUACAGCAGCUACUCACGCUUCCAUCAUCCUCCAGUACCAGGAAAUGAAGAAGUUUCUGGAGACAAUGCAGAAGAUUGAAAUAGAGACCUUCAUUCCUCGGAAAUUGUUUCUCUUCAACGUCUUGGAAAUGAAACUAGAUGGAAUGACGAAUACUACUACAUGUAGCAAUGGCACUGCAGACAAGGCCCGUUCUGUUCACAAGGUCCGUCCUGUUCAGAAGUGCCCAUCCCGGUUUGCCUUCAUCAGUACCUCUGGACGUACACCGGAUAUAAAUUCUUAUGAGAUAUUCGAACCCAAGAAGACUUGGAGACAGAAAAUCCUGAGAUUUUUCAGACGCUGAAAAGGGAGACUUUUGUGUUGAUGAUACUGAUGAUCACAAAAGCGAUGAACAAUUUACUUUUAAAAUUUUUGAUAUUUAAAGAAUCCGUGCCAAAACUUAUCCCAAACAUUUUUUUGAUUUUGUGAGGCAAACUAUCAUGUGAAAAGGAUAUUUACUUACUCCUCGCUUUAUGAUGAUGAUGAUGAUGAUGAUGAUGAUGAUGAUAAUGAUUACUCUGUGUCCGAACCCCAUGUCUUUUCUCGCCUUGAAAAUGUCCCAAAACGUUUGAAGAACUAAUACCAAUUAUUAAACGCACCAAGAUGCACUCUUUGAUGAUGAAGAAUUUGGAUCUCAUACCAUAUGAUGAUGAUGUUGAUGAUGCUGAUGAUGAGAGGUUGCAAUGAUGAUCAGCAUUAUGUCUAACAAGAUUGAUAUCCUAACGAUUAUGACCAUGGCGAUGAUAUCUAUACAGUAUCUCUAUUCAUUCACAUAUCUCGUGAUUUGUGCCUUUUAUCUUUGUGCCAUAAUCAAACCAUGUGACAAAACUUUUUGAGAAAUACAUGCAUAGGAGAUUAUAAUUUUAGGAAGAUGGUGCGGAAAACUAAAGACUACCACUGGACCUAUUUAAUAAUGCAUUUUUUAAAAGUAUUAAUUGAGUAAAGAGCCUCGUUAACAUAUUCAAUUGUGUGUGC